AUGUGCAAAAGCAAGUCGAACCACCGCGGACAUCGAGUCUGCUCGCAACAAUCUCCACUCUCCACCAAAUCUAACCCCAAAAUGCUUGCCCGUGCUACCUUCCGCGCCGCCUCGGCCCCAACGCUUGUCGCCCGCCGCGGCUUCCAGUCCACCCGCGCCCAGCUCUCCAGCCCAUACCACUAUCCCGAGGGCCCACGAAGCAACUUGCCAUUCGACCCUCUGAAGAAGGGAUUUGCCUUCAAGUACUGGGGAUUCAUGGCUACUGGAUUCUCGAUUCCCUUCCUCCUGGCUGUGUGGCAAACAAAGAAGAACAAAUAG